UAUCUUUCCUUUUAGACCUCCCAAUUUCACCAUUUUUGGUAUCCCCAUCUUCUCUCUGCUAAAAAGCGAUUAAGUAAAUCCUCUCUCUUUUUCUGUCUGUCUCGUGGCGCUACUAUCGAAUUCUGAACAAAAUGGAUGGGCAUGAUGGAGAUAAUUCAAAGCAAAGCACUGCUGAUAUGACUGUGUUUGUCCAGAAUCUUCUUCAGCAAAUGCAAACCAGAUUUCAGACAAUGUCUGAAUCAAUCAUCUCGAAAAUUGACGAGAUGGGAAACCGGAUUGAUGAACUUGAACAAAGCAUCAACGAUUUGAGAGCUGAAAUGGGUCAAGAUGGUGCUCCAUCGCCUUCGGCGUCUUUGAAACCAAGAGAGGAACCGAAGACACCGGAUGAUAAUGCAUAAGCAAGUGAUGAUACUUCAAGUUGUUCUUGGAGCCAGUUGGCAUGUUUGUUAUAACUGUUUAGAUUUGAAGGUCUUGUCCCAUUUUGUCUACUAUGACAUUUGCUUUAUAAUGUAAUACAUAUACUGUGUACAUGGCUUCUUGGGUUGAAAGAUAUUGACUUGUGUUGUUGGUCAUUGUUGAGGUUACCGAAAGGUUGCGUACAAUAGACCCUCGUGGUCCGGCCCUUCCCCGGACCCCGCGCAAAGCCGGAGCUUAGUACAUCGGGUUGCUCAACGUCAAUGAGUUAUUUGUUGAGAUUUGUAUCUUCAGUAUAGGUGCUAAAUUUGAAUAUCUACACAUUUUCUUUUUGUUUCUACUUGCUUUUGUAUAAUCCUUAAGCCGAGGGUCUUUCAGAACAACCUCUCUAGUGUCAUAAGGUAGGGGUAAGGUUUGCGUACACUUUACCCUACCCUUCUUGUGGAUUUCUCUGGGUUUGUUGUUGUUUUGUAUAAUCCUUCUUUGUGUC